CGGGGCGCGCCGACUCCCCUUCCUCGCCCCCGCGGGGCCGUGUAGGCGCAGAGCCCCAGUCGGCCUGCCUUGUGUCCGAAGAAAGUUGUGGCUUGGAGCUUGUCCUCCUUCUCAGACCCCUGGGGGUGUCCUUACUUCUUUUCGAGCCCGCGAUGGGAAGGCGCUCCCACCCCAUCCCCGGGGUCUCUGAGACUUCCUGGCGAGGUGGGGCGGCGUGGCAGGUGCAGGGCUCGGGAGGCCCUGACAGAUCCAGAGAGUGCCCGACCCCAAUCCGCCGCCGUCUUCUAGGCAGAUUUCCCCGAGGCGGGUCCUAGUCCCCAGCUCCGGGAGGCGGCGCACUUCAGAAGGGCACAGGGUGAGCGGGGCCCUUGGCCUCCGGGCACUUCCCCUUUGCUGUCUCCCCGCCCUCCUUCGGAGCUGGUGCCUGAGGUCGCUGGGGACCUCAGCCUGGCGUCUUCUCUCGCCCCAAGCGAGGCAGGUGCCGUGGGCGGCCCCGGCUACUUCUGCAUUUCCAGCGCUUACUUUGCAUUCAGCCCUAAGUCGGAGAGUUCUGGGGACAGCCGAGAGUGCCAGUGGCCUCACAGGGAGACUGAGGGUUCUGUUUCACCUCUGGGGCGCUGCGUGGGUCCGGGCUGUCCACAGCUCCUCUGCGCCUCAGUGACAGGAGAAGCCGAGCACGAGGCCUCUCAUCACUGCGUGCACUCUAUUUCCCAGGUGUCCGGAAUCCCUGCGCCUAGAACGUGUUUUUCGGGAGAGCAGAGGCUGUGUCUAGGGCAGGCUGGGGUUAUAGCCUCUCCUUCCAAUGAAAAGAGAAAGGAAGAAUGGACUACAGUCACCAAACGUCCCUAGUCCCAUGUGGACAAGAUAAAUACAUUUCCAAAAAUGAACUUCUUUUGCAUCUGAAGACCUACAACUUGUACUAUGAAGGCCAGAAUUUACAGCUCCGGCACCGGGAGGAAGAAGACGAGUUCAUCGUGGAGGGGCUCCUGAACAUCUCCUGGGGCCUGCGCCGGCCCAUUCGCCUGCAGAUGCAGGAUGACAAUGAGCGCAUUCGGCCCCCUCCAUCCUCCUCCUCCUGGCACUCCGGCUGUAACCUGGGGGCUCAGGGAACCACCCUGAAGCCCCUGACUGUGCCCAAUGUUCAGAUCUCAGAGGUGGAUGCACCGCCGGAGGGUGACCAGAUGCGAAGCCCCACAGGUACAUACUCCAGGGGCCUGAAGCCCCUGCAGGAGGACACCCCACAGCUGAUGCGCACACGCAGUGAUGUUGGGGUGCGUCGCCGUGGCAAUGUGAGGACGCCUAGUGACCAGCGGCGAAUCAGACGCCACCGCUUCUCCAUCAACGGCCAUUUCUACAACCAUAAGACGUCCGUGUUCACGCCAGCCUAUGGCUCUGUCACCAACGUCCGCAUCAACAGCACCAUGACCACCCCACAGGUCCUGAAGCUGCUGCUCAACAAAUUUAAGAUUGAGAAUUCAGCAGAGGAGUUUGCCUUGUACGUGGUGCAUACGAGUGGUGAGAAACAGAAGCUGAAGGCCACUGAUUACCCGCUGAUUGCCCGAAUCCUCCAGGGCCCAUGUGAGCAGGUCUCCAAAGUGUUCCUAAUGGAGAAGGACCAGGUGGAGGAAGUCACCUAUGAUGUGGCCCAGUAUAUAAAGUUCGAGAUGCCGGUACUUAAAAGCUUCAUUCAGAAGCUCCAGGAGGAAGAAGAUCGGGAAGUAAAGAAGCUGAUGCGCAAGUACACCGUGCUCCGGUUAAUGAUUCGGCAGAGGCUGGAGGAGAUAGCCGAGACCCCAGCAACCAUCUGAGCCACGAGAACGAGGGGAUCCGAGCAUCCCAGGAGCCGCCAUUGCCAUAAAACCCCCAGGAAGCUGCGCACUUUCUUUCCAUGGAAACAUUUAGACACAAACUUCCCCAGCUCCGGCCAAGCCAUCAUUUGUUACCUGGAGCUGGAUGUAGAAGUCAACAGACAGCUCCCCAUCCCUGGACCCCUGCCCUCCUUUCUUCCACUCACAAGGACUUUUGAUUUUAGUUAUAAGGAGGACCCAAAAUGUGUGUGUGUACAUGUGUGCGCACGCAUGAUACGUGUCCAUGUGCCUACCUGAUACUUUCACAUGUAAUUAAAUUCCAGGCAACCAGCACAAGAGCCUGAGCCUGGCGAAUAUGCAGCUCCUGGGCAGGGAAAUCAGAGGAGCCACUGAUCUGAGUGGUAUUUAGGUUGAAGGAACGAUUUCUCCUCUCAAGUGCCAGGGAGCAGCCACGUGUCUGCCUGUGUUUAGAAAGGGAAGAGGGUUCUCCAGGUUCACCAUUUGGGUUGUUUAUAUGUUAGUAGAAACUCUCCCUGUAUGCCUAGAAGGAUCAGUGAAUGUGAGAGCCUUGGAAAUUAACAAAGUAACAGCCACAUAACUUGCGGCAAGUCUGAUGGAAAGAAAAAGAUAGACCAUCCAUAGGGUA